AUGGCCUUGUCGGUAGAAGAUCAAAUUGGGUCGUGGGUAGUUGGCACUUGCUUGGACUCCCUGUUUCUUGGUCUCGUCAUGACUCAAAUUGUCAGCUACUUCAAUACAUUCGGUCGGAACGAUCCCAGAGCGCUUCGCCUAUAUGUGUGUGUGGGCUGGCUGGCUUGGAGUGUCUGGCGUCGACGUUCAGCUUGCAACGCGCUUUCAUGGCGGAAAAUUGUCCUCCAUUUCGAUGAAACCGACAAUGCAAAGGCGCCUACACCAUUAGAGAUUGUGAUGACGGGCAUAUUGGGAAUUCUCGCGUUUACCACCGUAUGGUCGGGCCAGGGUUACUACCUCUAUCGCCUCUAUAAUCUGUCGAAUAAGAACUGGUGGAUUGUCAUCGCCAUUGCCAGCAGCGCAUUCAUUUCCUGCGUAUUGUGUAUCACGGCGUGUGCGCUUUAUGUGGGCAGGGGUCUCACCACCGCCGUAAAUCUUUACUACUCAGCUUAUCCUAUCGUAAUCGUCGCCGAUGUAAGCCUUAGUUUAUCGACCACCUUUUACCUCCUUCGAUUCCGCCACGAUGCUUCUCCGGACACAGCCAACACUGUCCGCUCCCUCGUCCUCUUUAUAUUUCAAACCGCUGCUCCAGGGACAUUCAUUAUUGCCCGAUACGUCGCAGAUCCCUGGUGGGAGUCUCAUGAUUCUGGGAAAGUUUGGGCCUUUUCCAUCCUGUGGACCCUCAACGCGCGCAGUACCACUCGCAAACGGCUCCGUCGCUCCGUCUUGAACUCGACACAUGUUCUCGCUGUGGGCGACUCGCGUGCCGUCUUUUCGACAAUACGUUUCCGGACAGAAUCAGGCGCUCGUCCUAGCAGAACUGCUACGGAAUCCGACUUGAACGAGUCGAUGUCCACUGGGCAGCCAACGAGGCUAGAAGAACCUUCUAUAUUUGAAAGCGAUGGUGUCAGCGACAUUAGCUCGUUAGCUUGCACUGUUGGGGGUGGACCUGUGGCUCGGAAGGGGAUAUCGGAACCAGGUCCAAAAUCAUUCUAUAUCCUGUCUGAGACAACCCGCGCUUGGGGCCCCUCCUGUCGAGGAGAUUGGCUCUCUUUUCCCGUUGGGUACAUGUCGACCUCAAUAGUCUCUCCCUCGAUACCCCAGACUGUCGGCGCUCGACUCGUCGGCACAACGCUUGACCUUCUGCUCCUGGGACUAGUCUCUGGUCAAAUUGCCAAAUAUUGGGCUCGACAUCGACAUCGGCGUCGUCGACUGGCCGAUCCCUUGGUCCUUCGCGUUUACGUGGCCUGGUUGGCCUGUUUGAUUUGGUGCAAGUCUAGUUUAAACUUUGCCUUGGUGUGGCAAGUCGUCAUCGUCCACUUCGGCGAGGCUCAAGAUCCAAGUAUUUUGCUCAUGGUCAACGACGUCGAGCGCCAUCUCUUCGGAGUGCUGGCUAUUCUUGUUAUCACUAUCGUUUGCACUUCGCAGGCUUAUUACAUCCAUCGACUCUAUAUCAUUUCGAACAAAAACCGGCCCCUUGCGAUCACUAUUAGCGUCAUGUCCUUCACAUCUUAUCUGCUAAGUGUGCUCUCGGCAUCACUUUUUAUGACACCUGCCAUUGUCACCGCCCACUCCGAAGUUGAGCUUGCAACAAAGUUCUUAUUUGCCGCUUAUCCGCUAGUUAUUGUUUGCGAUCUCAGUCUCACACUUAUAACCGCCAUCUUCCUCUUCUAUUUCCGUCGGCAUGUUCACCCUACAACGGCUACUGUGCUGACCAGGCUCAUCGUCUUGAUAAUACAGACUGCCGCCCCAGCAACGAUUGUAACAGUCAUCAACUUCGUCUUGACUGUGACUUUGCCUCAUUUCUCGCAAAUUCCGCCAUCGGGGGUUCUGUCGGUCGGCAGCAUCUGGGCCUUUUCGGUCAUGUGGUCCAUUAAUGCGCGCAUCGACCCUGGGGUGCAAUUGCCCUCUACAUGCCAUGGUGGUGUUUCCGAUAUCGUCGCGUUGUCUUCCCAACCUAGUCUCAUCGAUAAAGGUUCACCCACACACAACCUUCAAGUUCGUCGACCAAAACCACGAGCCAGCAAAUCUACCCAUUCCGACGCCACUAGUUGUGUCUUUGUUGGCGCAAAAUCAAAUUAUCUCGUGAACAGAGAUAUGAUGUCGAGCUGA